CCACGACUCCAGAGUCAGCUCAGCGGCUGUUCCGAGUCAGUGAGAAAAGCGUCGGAGUUCGGACUCUCGUUGCUAGCUUUCGACCGAAGAGUUUUAACCGAAAAGAAGUGACUCGAACGUGUUAGCCCUCUGAUAGCCCUCUGUUCGAGAAACGGAAUAAUCGGUGGAACAGGACUGAAUAACGAUGGACGUGUACGACCCUCAGACCCUUGGCAUCAUGGUGUUUGGUGGCUUCAUGGUGGUUUCGGCUAUCGGGAUCGCCUUGGUCUCCACCCUUUCCAUGAAGGAAACCUCUUAUGAGGAAGCCCUGGCUAAGCAGCGUCGCGAACAGGCCAAGACUCAGCCCCAACGUGUAGACAAGAAGAAGAAAGCUGCAGAGAAGAAAGGCAAAGCCAAGAAGAAGGAGGAGAAGCCGAACGGGAAGCUUCCUGAACAGGAGGCGCAGAGCGACUCUGGCCAUGAGCCCGCUUCAGAAACAAGCGAACCUGAAUCCGAACCCGAGGUUGUUCCUGAGCGUGCUCUUGCUUCUGUCACUCAAGUUGAGGCAGCAGUCAUGAAGUCUGCUGCAGCAGCAGCAGUAGCAGCAGCCCCACCUGCCCUUUCCCCAAAAGACAAGAAGAAGAAGAAGGUAGCGAAGGUGGAGCCAGUCUCUGGUAAACCUGUAGAAAUUGUCUUCGAGACCAUCACCAAAGAACUGGCCCCUAAGAACGCCAAGGACGCCCAUAAGGACACCGCUGCCAAGAUUCCCAAGGAAACUGUUGGUAAAGUUGUAAAAGAACCAACUGGCAAGGCUGCAAAGGAAUCAGCUUCUAAGGGUGCCAAGGACCCUAUUGCAAAGGAAACAGCCACCAAGGUGGGCAAGGAGUCUGCUUCUAAGGAAGCAAAUCCUAAGGGGGGCAAGGAAUCCGUUGCUAAGGAAGCAAGUCCUAAAGGGGGCAAGGAAUCUGUUGCUAAGGGUGCCAAGGAGCCUGUUGUUAAGGAAGCAGCUAAUAAGGUUGCCAAGGAACCAGCUGCACCAAGUCCUAAAGGGGGCAAGGAACCAAGUCCUAAGGGGGGCAAGGAAUCCGUUGCUAAGGAACCAAGUCCUAAGGGGGGCAAGGAAUCCGUUGCUAAGCAACCAAGUCCUAAGGGAGGCAAGGAAUCCGUUGCUAAGGAACCAAGUCCUAAGGGAGGCAAGGAACCAAAUCCUAAGGGGGGCAAGGAAUCCGUUGCUAAGGAACCAAGUCCUAAGGGGGGCAAGGAAUCCGUUGCUAAGGAACCAAGUCCUAAGGGGGGCAAGGAAUCCGUUGCUAAGGAACCAAGUCCUAAGGGGGGCAAGGAAUCCGUUGCUAAGGAACCAAGUCCUAAGGGGGGCAAGGAAUCCGUUGCUAAGGAACCAAGUCCUAAGGGGGGCAAGGAAUCCGUUGCUAAGCAACCAAGUCCGAAGGCUGGCAAGGAAUCCGUUGCUAAGGGGAACAAGGAACCUACUGUUAAGGAAGCGGCUGCAAAGGUGGUGAAGGAAACCAUCGUCAAGGAACAAGCCACAAAGGGUGCAAAGGGUACUCAGGAACUUGUCUCAAAGCAGCAGGCUGGUAAGGUUUCUAAAGAACCUGCCGCUAAGGAGACGGCCGCUAAAGUUACUAAGGAUCCAGCUCUUAAGGAACCGACUACCAAGGCAGUCAAGGAACCUGUCGUUAAAGAGUCAACUGCAAAGCCUGCCAAAGAAUCAGCUGCUAAGUCUGCGAAAGAAUCUAAUGUUAAAAGCGCUAAGGAACCAGCUCCCAAGGGUGCAAAACAGCCAGCUGUCACUGUGGUGGCCGAGGUCGCCCCGACAGUGACCAUGCCAUUAAAAGCUGAGCCGCCCAAACCUGAAGCACCUUCCAAGAAGAAGUCAAAAAAGAAGGCAGAGUCAGUAGCUGCUGUGGAUGUUGCAGAUGUGCCCCUGCUGUUGCCAUUUAAAACCCUGGCCUCCACCCUGAGCAGCUCUAGUUUCAGCGACUCUGAGACGCAGAAGCUUUUAGAGAUCAUCAGUGACAAGGCGGGGGCUGACACCUGGCAGCUGGCGUCUCAGAAGGGCGACCCGUUGGCAGCGCUGAAGAAGCAGCUAGAGGAGAAGGACAAGCUCUUGUCUGCUGAGCAGGGGAACGCCAACGCGUCCAAGAACCGCAUCCGCGAGCUGACCAAGGAGCUGAGCAGCGAGAAGAGCAAGACGGCUUCGGUGGAAACCCGGCUGAGCUCGGAGCUGAGCUCUCGCGAGCAGGAGAUCACUGCGCUCCACGCCCGCAUGAAGGCUUCCUACGACGAGCACACACUCCAGACCCAGAAGCUUAACAGCAAGAUCCAAAGUCUGCAGGAUCAGCUGGAGAACGGACCCGCUGCCCAACUGUCCCGCCUACAGCAAGAAAACACCAUCCUGAGGGACGCUCUGAACAAAGCCUCCAGCCAAGCAGAGAGCAUGCAAAACACAGAGCUGGUAAAGCUGCGCCAGGACGUCGCGCGUCUGACCCGCGAGCUGAGCGAACGCACGGACUCCCAGCACGCCGAGGAGGAGCGUAGGAAAGCGCUGGAAUUCAAGAUGGCUGCCACCGAGGAGCAACUGACUAAAGUCAAGACAGGGCGCUCCGAGGCCGAGCAGACUUUGCAGCAGGCGCUGGAGAAGGUCAAGGCCGAGUUGUGUCAGGCACAGAGCACCAGCGCCGCCCUGCAGGCCCAGCUGCAGCAAGCGCAACAGGGAGGCAGCCAGCUCAGUGAUCUGCAGGAGUGUUUGCGUAACUCGGAGGUUAAGCUUAAGGACAGGUGUGCAGAGGUGGAGGCUCUCAAAGCUCAGCUCGCUCAGGUGCAGCAGGACACACAGGAACAAGUCCUCGUUGAAGGCCAGGCCCCGCUGCAGUCUGCCGCACCGCAGGUGGAGAACUCUGAGGAACUGGAGCAGCUGAAAAGCAGUGUGAGGGAGAAGGAGAAUUUGGUGGCAUCUCUAGAACAACAGCUAGAGAAGAUGAAAACAAGUGCCGUGGAGACGGAGAGCUCAGUGCAGCAGCUACAGAGCGUUCUCUCAGAGCGAGAGAGCAAGGUGUCUUCACUCGAGGAGCAGCUGAAGCAGUUGAGGGAACAGACCGAGCAGUUUAGCUCUACGACGGAGAGCUCGGUGCAGCAGCUGCAGGACAGCCUGGCCGAGCGAGAGAGGAAAGUCUCGGCGCUGGAGGACGAGCUAAAGCAGCUGAGGGAGGCUGCCGCGACUGCAGAAGCGGAGCAGCCGUUUGAGAACUUGGAGAAGGAUGCUUGUUUGAUUAAUCUGGAGGAGGAGCUCCAGCAGCUGAGAGGGCAGGUGGAACAGGCGAAGGCUGAGACCAAGGAGCUUCAAGAGAAGAACAAAGCUGCGGCUGAGGCUCUGGCUGCGGCCGAGCGACAGAGUGAAGAGAGACUGAACCAGGCAAUGAACGCUCAGAAUGAGGUCAAACAGAAGCUCGACGUUCUCCAGGUGGAGACCAGGAACGCUCUACAAACCCUCUUUCCACACAUCGUCGUAGAAACAGAACAGAGUAACUGGUUGGACACGUUUACACUUAAAGCACAGGAGAUGCUCUCACACAGCCGACAAGGAGCAUCUGAAGAUAAAGACGCAGCACUAACGGACGCUCUACAGAAGUUAAAGGAAGCUGAGGAGAGUCAGACAGCACUGCAUGCGCAAUGUGAGCAAUACAGAGCCACACUGAGUGAUACGGAGAGCAUGCUAAAGGAUCUGCAAAACAGCGUGCAGAAUGAAGAGGUUGCAUGGAAGUCCAAGAUCGUUGAAGUCGAGGAACAGCGGCAGGCGCUAAAAGGGCAGGUGAUGCUGCUGGAAGCACAGCUGGAGAAGCAGCUGGAGUCCUUCAGCUUCAGUCAGAGCUGUGCUGAGGAGGUUGAGCAGCUAAAGACGUUGUUAACAGCGACCCAGAGUCAGCUGGAGGCGGCCCAAUCAGACGCCCAGAAACAGCGUGCCGAGCUCUCGGCGGUCAGACAGCAACUGCAGGCGGCGGCCGAGCGUGCGCGGAGCGUCGAGGACACACAGCCCGGCCAGGUGCAGGCACAGCUGGAGCAGACAGAGGUCCGACUCCAGGCAGAAGUGAGCGUGCGCCAGCAGGUGGAGCACAACUACGAUGAGGCACAGAGGUCCAUGAACGACCUGGCGGCUCAGGUGUCGCAGCUGAAAGCAACAGGAGACGGAGCUGCGGCAGACCUCAAGGAGAGGCUGGAGAAGGAGGUGCAGCUGACGCACGAGCUCAGCGAGAACUCUGCUGCACUUCAGCAGAAACUGAACAACACUCAGGAGGAGCUCACCAAAGAGAAGGAGGUGGUGAAGAAGCUGCAGGAGGAACUCGAGGAGAAAGCUCAGCCAAAGCAGGAGCAGCAGGAAGGAGAAGAGCUAAAGGAAGGAACCUCGGUGUGACGUCUCGGCUGGAAAAACAACAUGCUAAACAACCAAAAAACAAAAAAGCCUUAAUUAUUCCCUGUUCUUGUCUCUGUAAUCAUUCGUGUACUGUAUUAAAAAGAGCGCAAAGGGAGGGGAGUGACAUACUGGGGUCCAAACAAGUUAAAUGACUGAUUUUAUUUUUAGUAGAAUUCUUUGGUUAAAUGUGGUCAAAUUAUUGUUAUUAUUAUUAUUAUUUUUUGUCCAUGUCCAAGACUCUUCACAUUCCUUCGACUGUCAGUGUUACGAAGAAAAGGGCAAAGUGCAUGUGCGUCAGACGCACGCUCCUGUGCAAUCACUUACAAAGACUGUCCUUCACGUGAAAGUGAAGAGAAGGAACGCUUCACGUUACAGCGAUGCAAUAUACAGCCCUGACACUACUUGUAGUCGGCUGCUGACCAAAUGUGAUUUAUAAUUAAAUAAACGUUUAAGACAUUA